ACCAGCUAAACCGUUCAUUUUGGACAAGCAACGGUUGGGAUUCGAGCUCUCCCGCGAUUCCUUCCCUCUCGGGAAGAGCGCAGAGAAACGACGGAAAGAAGUCAUGCAAGCAUUCGGUUUCCUCUCCUUCUCCAAGUCCCUCUCGGGAGGCACCGUGCGCACCAUAGCGUCCCUCCCUUCGUUCACCGCCGGCCGCCGCUUCUGCAGAAUUCUCCGUCCGGGAUCUUUCAGCCUCAAGUUUGGUUCGAGGUCGCUUCUCUUACCCAGACUUGCUCUACUGGUCUGCCUAGCCCAUACGAUGGAGGCGUUGAGUCCUGAAAGCUUCCGAACGGACUUCAUGGAAAUGCUGCGCACCAGACGUACUGGAGAAGUUCCUCUUCAUGUAGAGCGCGCUGCUCCCGUGACUGAUCCGAACUACCAGGGGAGCUUUCAGUUUCCACGGGUGGCAAUGGAGUCUUGUCCUAGGAAGGACGUGGGAGACCCAAAGAUUGCGCUUGUGGAAGAAAAUUUUUACUUGUUCACGGAGGCAGGUGAACAGGGGAAAAUGCCAGUGCUGGUUCUGAAACUGAGGGAUAAGACGGAGAAAAUGCCCGCUAUUGUGAUUCUUCAUAGCUCUUACAAAACCAAGGAAUGGGUGCGACCGCUUCUGGAGGCUUAUGCUUCACGGGGCUAUGUUGCUGUUGCCGUGGAUGCACGCUAUCAUGGUGAAAGGGCGAAGACUUUAACUUAUUACCGAGAUGCACUUAUAUCUGCUUGGAAACAUGGUGACACCAUGCCUUUCUUGUUUGACACGGUCUGGGACUUGAUAAAAUUGGCAGACUAUCUAACCCAGAGGGUAGAUGUUGACUCAUCUAAGAUUGGCAUUACUGGUGAAUCACUUGGAGGAAUGCAUGCAUGGUUUGCUGCUGCAGUUGAUUCCAGGUACUCUGUGGUUGUGCCAAUAAUUGGUAUUCAGGGAUUUCAUUGGGCAUUGGAAAAUGACAAAUGGCAAGCCCGAGUUGAUAGUAUAAAGCCUGUUUUUGAAGAAGCACGUGUUGACUUAGGUAAACCUUCAAUUGAUAGGGGAGUGGUGGAGAAGGUAUGGGACCGAAUUGCACCAGGUCUAGCUCAUCAAUUUGAUGCACCUGAUUCUGUUCCAGUUAUUGCACCACGGCCUCUACUCAUUCUAAAUGGUCAAGACGAUCCACGGUGCCCUAUUGGAGGCUUACAAGAGCCUAUCUCAAGGACCAUUAAGGCUUAUGAGGAUGCAAAGUUGCCACAUAAUUUCAAGUUCAUAGCUCAACCAGGAAUUGAGCAUCUCAUGACAGUGGAGAUGGUUAAAGAAGCAAGCAAUUGGUUUGAUAAGUUUCUCAAUGUAAGUUGGUAGCCUACUCUCUCUUGAAGCUGGUUAGGCUUGUCUUUGUCAAACUGGAAUAUGAAUGUAAGUCGCCCUUGGUUUGUGGCGUUUAUUUAUAUACUCACCGCAGCUUGAAUUGGCUAGUCCACCUGAAUAACUAUACAAAAUUCUAGUGGCUGUAAUAAUGAGGUGGCUAGUGCUUUAUUUAUGUCAUGAGGAAAUAAAUGAAGAAAUAAAAAACUACGUGUAAGACCUUGUUUUUUUUCA